AUGGAAGUGCUGCAAGAUCGCGCUCGACGGCUCUUGCGCAUCCUUGAUGUGAAGCUUAUCCCGAAAGAUGAGCAAAAAGGAGGAGCCGCUGGUGUCCUGUCGAUCAGCCGUGAGUCCGAACGUACCAAGGAACCACGACGGUCGCUUGUCGGUGGAAGAGUGCGCUUGCCUGCAGGCGACUGGGAUGGGCUCGCUAUUUGUGGUGAAGAUUCAUGGCUCUUUCCGAACGAUGCAAGCUUUGAACAAGUGCUUGAUAGCACUGACCGAAGCUUCGUCGACGCGGAUUUGCUCUGGUCGCUGCUGUCAGAUAGGCUCGAGAGCGAUGCGACGGGAGGGGAAGAGUGGCUUCGGAAACAGUACCGCUUGCUGCGAUCUCGUCAACCUUCUAGUGGCAUUGAUGUGUCGAAGAGCUUCACGGGAUCCAAGAGUCUCUAUUGGAUGCGCUCCAAAUCAGCGCUGGGGUCGCUGGAGAAGCUGUGGGAGGACUUUUGCUCUGCCUUGCAGGUGGAGGACAUCGACCAAGCCUUCAGUGCACUUUGGACUUCGAUGCAGGAAGUUCAACUCAAUAGUUCCAAGCCGUUUGGCCCCUUUGAAGCCUACAGCAAAUUGCUUCAGAGGAUGCCACUAUCCAUUCCGAGAUUCCAGAAGCAACUGGACUCAGGUGCCGAUCCGCUGAAAGGUGAAAAACUGGCGGUGAUUGGUGCUGGCCCCAUUGGUCUCAGGGCGGCUUUAGAACUGGCCCUCUUAGGAGCAGAGGUCCAUGUCUUCGACAGCCGUGCAUCCUUUAGUCGCAUGAACAUCCUGAAGUUGUGGGAUUGGGCAGCCAGCGACCUCUUAGAACUGGGUGCCAAGCAUUUGUUGCCCAACUUCCUGACUUACAUGGAUCACAUUGGAAUCCGCGAAUUGCAGGCGUUGCUUCUGAAGCUGUGUUUAUUGGCCAAGGUGAAGUUUCACUGGAAUAGCGCUUUCAAAGCGAUGAGUAAAAUCCAGUCGCCUGUCCGAGAGCGCUUACAACUGGUCACUCAAAAGGUGUUGACCCAAUCUGGGAAGCCGACCGGACAGGAGGACGUCCAGACAUUCUCCAGCCUCGUUGCAUGCGAUGGUGGCAAGAGCAAGAAGCACGACCGCAAAAUGGUGGGUGAAUUCGGGGUGGCCGAGCAUUUGGGCCUCAAACGUCACCGUGCGGACGGCCAAAGCGAAGAGCCCCGCAGUGAGAUCGCGGUGGUGGUAAAUUUUCAGAACCACAAGGAGGUCGAGGACCGCCUUCUUGUUGAAUGCCCACGUGGAGCUACUUCUGAUGAGAUUCCAUUGGUGAAGAGGUUGAUUUAUCUCCAAGGUGAGACGCAUUAUUUCAUCAUGACCGUGGACCUUGAUGUCCUGAUGAAGCAUGGUGUGGUUACCAGCCAGGACUUGGCGAAUGUGAACCAGCAAAACCUGGAGAUCUUGGCACGACAGGCCAGGGCCUCAGUCUCGGUUGUGGAGCAAGAUGGCUAUGUCGUGGAGCUCUACUCCUCAGAGGUACGCAGAAUCUACAGCGAGCACGACGGUGCGUUUGGCGUCGAUAUCCCCAGAGAUUUUUGGGCGCGGAGAUCGGUGGCCUUGGAUCCCUUGGGUCGGCCGGCCAUGUCGGUGUUUUCUUACCAUGCGGAUCUCACUUGGCUCUCUCAGCCUAUGUACCUCUUCGAUGAGAACUUGCCCGUCUUCUUCGCGGGGGAUGCCUUGCGAGAACCUUUCUGGCCCAUGGGCGAAGGUUGCAGCCGCGGCUUCAUGGGUGCCUUUGACACUGUGUGGGCUGUCAGGUGUUGGGCCAAAGGUCUUCGCGGGACGAGUCUCAUGAAGCUAAGAAGAAGCCUCUUUGACAUCGCCUCCCAGGUGAACCCCAAGAACUAUGGCAAGGACGUCUUUUUGCCUUACGAACAUGCCGCACCCUUUGCCGGCUUGGAAUGGCUCAGCGUGCCAGGACUCCGUUGGCCAGCGUGGGGCUUCGACGGUCGAAAACGACCCAUGAAGUACAUCUUUACAGUGGAUCCCAGAACCAGGUAUAUCUCCUACAAGGAAAAUCCUGAGGAGAAUCUGGAGCCGGAUACUGUAGCUUCGUUAAUGUGUUCGACGUGUUCAAAAUGA